CUCCAGGUUUAACUAUGUUAAAUGUCAGAUUGCAAUAAACUAGAAGCUGUUGGUCGGGCCCGCGGAAAUGGGCGAGCAUAAUCUCCUUAAUCCAGGGUUUGUGGGACCUCUGGUAAACAUCCACACGGGAGACACGUUUUACUUUCCGAAUUUUAGAGCCUCCGGGGGACAGCUGGCGGGGCUACCGUCUCUCUCCUACCCGAGAAGGGACAAUGUUUGCUCCCUCCCGUGGAACCCUUCGGAGCCGUGCAAUGGAUACUCUCAAUCCUACUUUAGCAGCCCCGUGUCUAUUAACCCUUCCUUCAAUCGGUCGUGUGAGAUCACCAGACCAGAGGAGGGCAAGUGUUACUACAACAACGGGAACAGAGAGACCUGCUCAGGUGGUGGCGGCGGCGGCGGCGGCGGCGGCGGCGGCAGCCUCAAACGGGAGGACAGGGCAAGGGACGCAUCUUCCCUAACAUCUGACCACGGGAUGCACCCUGGGAUUGCGGGCGGCGUUGCCUUCUCCAAAUAUGAGUAUGGGACGGAGCAGCUCACUCAGGAUCCGCCGUCCUGUCAGUCGAUGGAGUCCGACUCCAGCUCCUCUCUGCUGAAUGAGGGCGGAAAGCCUCCAUCCAGCGACACACAGACCCUGGUGUCACCGGGAAGCCAUUCAGGCAACAUAGCCGCAGGCGGAGGUGCCCCGUGGUACCCGAUGCACACUCGGACCAGAAAGAAGCGCAAACCCUACUCCAAGCUCCAGCUGGCGGAGCUCGAAGGGGAAUUCAUGCUGAACGAGUUCAUCACCCGGCAGCGGCGGAGGGAGCUCUCUGACCGGCUGAACCUCAGUGACCAACAAGUGAAGAUCUGGUUCCAGAACCGCAGGAUGAAGAAAAAGAGACUCAUGUUGAGGGAGCAAGCUUUGGCCUACUUUUAGAGAGAUUCGGGAUAUAGGAAGGUGAAUCGAUAAGCAGUAAGAAGAAGAAGAAGAAGAAGAAGAAAAAAAGCCAAGCCUACUACGCUCCCUUAGGUCUUCUUUCAAUGCAUGCACUCAUAUAUCCAUCUUUAUUCACAUUGCAGGCUAUCAUUAGAUCCUUUUUGCUGGAUUAUCUCUAACACCCACCCCCCUGAAAACAAGCCAUUAAAUGGCGUCAUAUAAGAUGCACAUCAGUGAGCCUUGAGGCGUGGUGUAAUGGCACAAAAGCUGUGAAAAUGUGUUUUAUCUGUGUACUCCCCCCUCCGCAAUUAUCAUAACCCUCCGCUCUUGAAUCACCAAAGCAUAUUUUUUGAGGCAAUAUGACAACAUUCAUCCUGUUUUAGCCUGAGAGUUGAAGGCUUAGAAGAGGCAAUUCAAGGCAGAAAUCUUUAGACAGGGCCUAAAAAUAUCCGCGAAGUCAGACAGUCUGACUGCAACGAAUCCGCGCUGUAAUGUCUUUAUAACAUCUUCAGUUAAGAUCUGAAGAGGGGAAAAAAACAAAUCCAUCACGGCUGUUUUCUGCGUCCUGUCGUGUAAUUUGUUGCUCAAGAGGAGAGUGAUCCCCAUGUGUUCCUUUCUGUGUCCUCACGGUCACGGGCAAGGAGUGCUAGAAGUCUGGGUCUCCGCGUGACAGAGGAGAGGCAAGAAUAACAAACGCAUAAAUGUAACACAGCAACGGAAUUCACAGCAGUACAUCAGAGCCUGACAGACUGCGCACUGGGGAUAAAAACAAAUGAGUGCAAGCAAAAAACAACAACAAAAAAAUUUAUAUGCAUAAUUAUUAUUAUUAAUAGUAUUAUUAUUCUACUUCUUUUGUUACCUCUCAACUUGUCUUAACAACAAACCACUGAGUCCUGCGUGAAUUUUCACCGUUCGAAAACGGUCCUGGAGCUGCUACAACAGAAGAACGUUCCGACUUAUGCCAGCGAAAAACUCACAAAGGAUGCGUGAAUGGGGUGACUUUAACAGUAGAAAUCGCUGCGUGGCAGUUCAUCUCAGUCCGCCAGCUGUCACUCACAUGCUAUGGCGGAUGCACGCUUUUCAGGCCAAAAGGAGCAUUCCUGAAACGUAUUGGUGCUCGUGAUAAUUACAGAAUGUACAUACAAAGUGAACAGAUAGAAUCAAAAAUCAUUUUUAAGACGUUUCAGGCCUGCGGGUGGGUUCGCCCUUGGACUUGGGUGUGACCGCAGUAUGUUAUCUGUUAUGUAUUAUGAGUAAGCUAAAAAAUAAAAUGUUUGCAGCAUGUUAUUGAUGUGAAAGUGCUACAAGUGGUGUUCUGCGGGCCACUUUUUUCUGUAGGUGACUUUUUGUACCCCUUCUUUUUUGAACAAAUCAAAACUAUUAAUAUUAAAAAGUUUUUUUUAAAUAAACCCCUUCAAAGAAUGUAUUAUUAUUAUUAUUAUUAUUAUUAUU